CGCCGGCAUUCCAGUCGCUCGACUGCCGGAAACACAUGUAGUGUAACGUGUUGGCUACACAUGAUCAUAAUUCGUAGCGCCUUCAGCUACAUAAAUUAUUCGGCUGCCGCUUGCUGGCAGAAAAUAUGGGAAUUAUUAAUUAAUUUUCGGCUGAUUUUUUUUAAUAAAUAUAAUAUCAUUCUUCCUAAACUUUUAAUCUACCGCUGGCAAAUUUCCUGGGAAUAAAAAUUGUAAAAAAUGGAGAAUAAUACCGACGACGUGACGUGUGCGACAAAUUCGUAUACAGACCUCCCGGCCGCGUGGCAGUUAUUAGAAAAGGUCACGUAUCCGCUGUUGCUGGCCAUCUGCACGGUGGGCAACGUGCUGGUGCUGUUCAUCUGGGGCCGGCAGUUCCGGCAGUGCUCCACCAAUGUCUAUCUCGUCUCCAUGGCCGCGAUCUGCUUAAUCUAUAUGUGGCUUGAGUUGCCGGUGAAGUUGCUGGCGUAUUAUCCGGCGUCCGACUGGAUGACAAACAGUCCCAACGGUUUACAGACGUUCAUUUUGUGCAGCGACGGGGCCCGGUUGUGGGCGUCCUACACGGCAUACAACAGCAUCGACUGGAUAUUAACUCUGUAUUCGUUGGAGCGUCUAGCCGCCGUGACGCGUCCGUUAUGGAUCUAUAAAUGGAUGAAGCCGGAUUACGCUGUCGUCGCCGUCGGCGUUACCCUUCUCCUGGCCGCCAUUCAAAACCUGGAAAUCGCCGUAGCGUAUUAUUACUGGUUGCCCAGCGCUUUCGCCGACACGGACACGCCCUUCAGUGAAACGCGACCGGAAUGGCUGACCACGUGGGAUAACGUCACCAGUGAAGCGCAGUUGGCCUUAUCGUUCGGCAUUUACGCCGGUUUAACGAUCAUCAACGCCAUCCUGCUGAUGCAGCUGUACCGGCAGCGUGACGCCGCCCACCUCCUGCGGGACGACAGUUCCGGCUGCUUGUCCCCGGACAAAGCCGGCAGCUGGGGCGGGCGCACCUCCACGCGGGUGCUGAUCGCCUGCUCCGCGCUGUACUUAUUCUGCCAUCUGCCGAUUAUUAUCCAAACCAUCCUGGAGACGCUAGCGCUACCGCCUUACUGUCGGCACAUCUUCACCGGCGACAGCCGCGUCAUCUGGUUUUCCGUGGCCAACCAGCUGAGCUACUGCGACUAUACCUUCAAGUUUAUGGUGUACUGCGCCUUUUCCCAACGGUUCCGCAAGGCGAUGACGGUCUGGCGCGGAAAACUAAGCACUCGGUUAAUGGGAAAGAAAUAAGCAGGGCGCCAUCCGAGGGAAACCGAGAAACGGCCGAAAAAUGGACCGAUGGGGGAAUCGAAGCCCGGCUACGUCGUAAGAUCCGCGUAGGCAGUACCACUGCACCACGGCCCAAUACGUUGAAAUUCUUUGAAAGAUUUUGUCGCUGUACAUGAGCCGCUUCUCUCCUCACAUACGCAUUUAAAUUUGUUUGUGUACGACGAUUUGUUGUGUUCAUGUUUAUUGC